AUGUCGAAGUUUGUGGAGGCGGCAAAGAACUAUGUUUCACAGAAGGUGACGAACAUGAAGAAGCCAGAGGCUAACCUUACAGGCGUUGGUUUGAACAGCGUGAGUCGUGAAGGUGUGGAAUAUAAUGCAAAGGUCUCUGUCGACAAUCCCUACAGCCAUUCACUUCCCGUUUGUGAGGUCUCCUACAUCCUCAAAAGCGCCGGCAGGGUGAUUGUCUCUGGGAAAAUGCCAGACCCUGGCUCACUGAAAGCAAAUGAGAAGACAAUACUGAACGUAGGGUUGAAAGUGCCACAUAGUGUACUAGUGAGUUUGGCAAAGGACAUUGCAAAGGAUUGGGACAUUGACUAUGAGUUGCAAUUGGGUCUUACCUUUGACCUUCCUGUCAUUGGAGACUUCACCAUUCCUCUCUCGAAAAAGGGCCAGAUCAAGCUUCCUAGCCUCAAAGAUUGCUUUUGA